GCCCCCGCGGGUCGGCUGUGGUCGACGCUGUCCUGAGUCUUCAGGAGGUGGUGGCAGAGGUGGUGUGUCAUUCCUCCCUCUUCCAGAAAAUUAUGGCAGUUUGUCACAUCGGUGUCUCCCCAAACCCUGGAGGAGCGCCAUGUGCCUCGGGCUGAACCCCUUGGUUCAGUCUUUCCAUCAUCCCCGUGAUUUGAACGGGAGGCAGGGCUCGGAAGCCCGAGCGAGGCGGGUGGAUGUGGGGGCUUUGCUUUUGAGGAGGAAGGGGACAGUGUCUGGUGCCCAUCUCAAAUACCCCAACAAUGCUAGCGUAAUUCUCAGUCAUGUCAUGUGUACUGUUCGCGUGUUAAUUUUUCAUGAUUUCCCGUUCCACCCUCUGUUCCGCUGCCAGCCUGUCUUCGAACCCUACUACUGCCUUCAUGUACUUUUGGUCACCAGGGGGACCUAGCAGACACCGAGAGUAGCUGAGCGCACAUCCAUCACCCCAGUGGAAAAACAGCCACAAAUCAAUGCAAUGACCCAGUGAGUGGGUCAGCAGCGCUGCCUGCAUUCAGAGGACAGUAUUUCUUUACAGUUUACAUUGAGGCGUAAAGGUAUUGAUAGAUUACUUGGGGAUGGAAAUUCAUGCUCAGCUGGUGGUUUUAUAAAUUAUUUUAAAAGUUGAGAAGAAGCCGUCAUGGGGCCAGUAAAUAUUACAUUUUUGGUUGGAAAUUGCGUGUGUGAAUCAGUACGCUGCAAUGUGCCAGCUACUGCAAAUUGGAGGCACGAUUUGACAGCCCAUGACGUGCAGAGUAUAGGAGUAACACUUAAUGCUCUUAGCAGCAGUUCCACCGGUAGGAAUUGUGCCUUCAGUAACAAUCGAGCCAACCCGUCUGGAAUUCAACCCAGGCUCGCUUCUCAUAUGUGCGGAUGAAAUAUCUUUUCUUUUCCUGGUUGGUGGUUUUUGUUGGAAGCUGGAUUAUCUAUGUGCAAUACUCUGCCUAUACAGAACUAUGCAGAGGAAAGGACUGUAAGAAAAUAAUAUGUGACAAAUACAAGACUGGCGUGAUUGAUGGGCCGGCAUGUAAUAGCCUUUGUGUUACAGAAACUCUUUACUUUGGAAAAUGCUUAUCUACCAAGCCCAACAAUCAGAUGUAUUUAGGGAUUUGGGAUAAUCUCCCGGGUGUUGUGAAAUGUCAAAUGGAACAAGCCCUUCAUCUUGAUUUUGGAACUGAGUUGGAACCAAGGAAAGAAAUAGUGCUGUUUGAUAAGCCGACUAGGGGAACUACUGUACAGAAAUUCAAAGAAAUGGUCUACAGCCUCUUUAAAGCAAAGUUGGGUGACCAAGGGAACCUCUCUGAACUGGUUAAUCUCAUCUUGACAGUGGCUGAUGGAGACAAAGAUGGCCAGGUUUCUCUGGGAGAAGCAAAGUCUGCCUGGGCACUUCUUCAACUCAAUGAGUUUCUUCUCAUGGUGAUACUUCAAGAUAAAGAACAUACCCCCAAAUUAAUGGGCUUCUGUGGCGACCUCUACGUGAUGGAGAGUGUCGAAUAUACCUCCCUUUAUGGAAUAAGCCUUCCAUGGGUCAUUGAACUUUUUAUUCCAUCUGGGUUCCGAAGAAGCAUGGACCAGUUGUUCACACCAUCAUGGCCUAGAAAGGCGAAAAUAGCCAUCGGACUUCUAGAAUUUGUGGAAGAUGUUUUCCAUGGCCCCUACGGAAACUUCCUCAUGUGUGACACUAGUGCCAAAAACCUGGGAUAUAAUGAUAAGUAUGACUUAAAAAUGGUGGACAUGAGAAAAAUUGUGCCAGAGACAAACCUGAAAGAACUUAUAAAGGAUCGCCACUGUGAGUCCGACCUGGACUGUGUCUAUGGCACGGAUUGUCGAACUAGCUGUGACCAGAGUACAAUGAAGUGUACUUCGGAAGUGAUACAGCCGAACUUGGCAAAAGCCUGUCAGUUACUCAAAGACUACCUGCUGCGUGGUGCUCCAAGUGAAAUCCGUGAAGAAUUAGAAAAGCAGCUGUAUUCUUGUAUUGCUCUCAAAGUCACAGCAAAACAAAUGGAAAUGGAACACUCUUUGAUACUAAAUAACCUAAAAACAUUACUGUGGAAGAAAAUUUCCUACACAAAUGAUUCCUAGUUCAUUUGGACAUUGUGACCAUUUUAAGAAGCCUAGCAUUUCAAAAAGAAAAAAAAAAAAAUCUUGAGCCUUUUUUAAAAAAUGGCUCGAUUCAAACCCUUGCCAGUUACACAAAACUUUUCUCCUCUGGUCCUCAGAAGCCAUCACCUUAAAAUACAUAUUGAUUGCUGAAGUCUCGGCAGGAGGUAGUGGAUCAAAAGGCCCAUUGCUUCACUCUGCCCUUUCAAAAACCCUGGUACAUCUCCUGGUACAUUCACUGUUAACUGUUUCGACUAAUGACCUAAAAUAACGCUGUGAAAAGCCUCAUUCCAUGAACUUCAACAGUGAGACAAUUUUGUAGAUUUGUUAGCCAAACUGUCAGUGCUGGAAACAUUGUGUUUGCAUUGAAGCUGUUUGAAAAAAAACUUUAAAACAUAAUUUACUAAUGUCCUAGCAUGGUGAAGUUUGCACAUUAACAGAAAUUAAGACUGCAAAACAGGUAAAUUAAAAUUACUCCUUUAUAAACAGACGUUGGGUUAAUAAGCAUGGUUUCUUGUAUUAUACACUUUGCUCUUGAGUCACACUUUAUAUGGCUUCAGAAUGUUUUGAGUGGCUCUGAGCCUCUUAGUGUUCAAAACUUACCAGGAAACACUCUACUUGGCAAUGUGUAACGGCCAAUUUUAGAGGCUGAAUAUGGAUGAGCUUUUUCAGCAGAGGGUCUAUCAGCCAGCCAACCGGUCCUUCUCAGCUUUAGGCCACAGAUGCUUACUUUUUUGGCUUUACCUGCGGCAAAGAAAAAUUCCUGGGGCCAGGGAUCAACAUAAAUCUAAACAACUUGAAGUUGAGCUAUGGUGAAGUGGGACAUUAAGAGCAGGACUCUUGAAAUCAUAGAACUUUCUAUUAAUUUUCCAUCUUCAAACAGUAUUUCCUGCUGGCCAAAGGGCCAUGUAAGAGGCAUGUAAAUUCACCCAUCUAAUCUUUUUCUCCUAUAAACUUGAUAUACAAGGGUUAAUACUCGCUCCUCUUCAUGUUCGUUCAGAUCUGGCCUGUGCCUUUCAACUCCGUAAAAUGAGACCCUCUGAGAAAACUCUGGUUGAAGUGAAUAUAUGUUAAAAUUAUAUGGCCUUCAUCAGACAGCUCUCAAAAAUUAAAGCCAUGCGUUAGCA